AUGUCGUCCAUACCACCCGAACUCCAAACAGCCGUCUCCAAGUCCGAACAAGCCCAACACGACCUCGUCAAAUCGACACCACAGCUCGACAACGCCCUCUCGAACUCCAAGUCCAAUGGCCUACCCAAUAUCGCCAUCGGUCCAGCACAAGGAUCCUACCUCUCCAUCCUCUGCCAAAUGACGAAAGCAAAAUCCGUUCUCGAAAUCGGCACACUUGGCGGCUACUCCACCAUCUGGUUCGCAACUUCCGUUCCAGGGAUAAAAGUUACCAGCAUCGAGUACAACGAGAAGCACCGGGAUGUUGCGGCCGAGAAUACGAAAGACCUUGACAACGUCGAGAUCAUCCUCGCCGCUGCACUGGACGUCCUGCCUCAGCUGGCGGAGAAAGGCGAGAAGUUUGAUUUCAUCUUCAUCGAUGCGGACUGGGAGGAGCAGGAGAAGUACUUUGAUUGGGCUGUCAAGCUGUCGUCAAAAGGGAGCUGUAUCUUCGUUGAUAAUGCAGUUCGGCAGUUGACGGAGAGUAAUGGGGAUGAAGGGAAAGCCUUGGUAGACUAUGUGAGCAAGGACGAAAGGGUGCAGGCGACGUUGAUCCCGAUGUUGAAUACGUAUAAGAGGACACUGAGUGAGUUGGCGGAUGGGUUUGUGAUGGCUAUUGUCAAGUGA